UGACAUUUGACUGUGACUUCUCAGACUUUCAUUUACCAAAGUGGCCAUGGUGGAUUCAACUGAACAAAAAGUCCAGGUGGAGUUUGGGCAAAUCACUGCAACUUUUAAUGCUUUUUUUACUGUAAUGGUGGACCAAAGAUCACAUUUUGACAAGAUUAUGUGGAUAUAGAGGCAAAUUGAAGAAGAUCCAUUUGGGCAAAUCACUGCAACUUAUAAUGCUUUUUAACUUUUAUGGUGGACUAAAGAUCACAUUUUUGUCAAGAUUAGACAGUAAUGGUGGACCAAAGAUCACAUUUUUGACAAGAUUAUGCCUAUUUUUACUCUAAUGGUGGACCAAAGAUCACAUUUUGACAAGAUUAUGUGUGAAUUGAAGAAGACCCAUUUGGGUGGGGAACCAUUUCUUCACUAAAGAAAGCAUUAAAAUGAUGGGCAUGUGUGCAUGCAUUGGUUCGGUGAUGUUGAAGGGCAGGAAAAAAAGCACACAGGACUUGUGAUGGGUUUUCCUAAAGAAUUCCAAUGGGGACAAAUAAAGAGGGGUCACUAUUGCCCACAACUAACCAAUGAUGCCAAAGUUUACUGAAUUUGAGAAGAAGCAAGUCAUAUCCUAAUAGGACAAGGCCUAAUAUGCCUAACAUUGCACUGGCUUUAUUGUUAGUCUUUCUUUUCUCUCCCCAUUUUCUCAUUGUCUUGCAUAGGCGAUGUUAGAUUCCAAUGUAUAUCUGCAGACCCAUUUAACUUAGUUGAAAGUGGGUAGGGCACUAAGAAGAAAACUGACGUAGAAAGGCCUCAUAAGGGUACCUAAUUUUGCCUAACACAUAAAAAAAACUCACCCAUUUUGCUCAUGACAAGUGUGGAUAUAUAUAUUAUUGAUCCAUAUAGGUUUGAGCUCAUUGUGGGUGGCCGUUGUUUCAUUUGGACUUACAUUGGAUAAUUGAUAUCUUAAGUAGUGUAACAAUAACAACCACCAUGAUAUAUAUUCAUUACAUAUGUAUCCAUUCAUUUAUGAUAUAACUGCAAAGUCAGGCCUUUAUUGAAUGCACCAGGGGGUCACAUUCAUUCAUGGCUGGAGAGUAGAAUUGCUGGGGAUAAAGCACCCCAUUUCAUUUAUUGGCCCUUCUUCAUUGUCACAGGACUCCUGUGGCAUCUUUCAAAGUUCUUUCAUGGUAGUUGUUAUGAUCUAUCAGCUAUUAACAGAUCAUCAUCAAGUACUACAACUGGAGAAUGGGGAACUGUCAGGCUUCAGAUGCUGCAACUGUGAUUGUGGAGCAUCCAGGGGGUAAAACUGAAAAGAUUUAUUGGUCUGUAAGUGCAAAUGAGGUGAUGGGUUCGAACCCUGGGCACUAUGUGGCUCUUGUUACAACAGUUUCUACAAAGAACAACAGUGAUUCAAUGCCUCAGAAGCAACUCAAACUUCUUCGUCCUGAAGACACUCUGCAUAUAGGUCAUAACUACCGCCUGGUUAGCUUUGAAGAAGUUUUAAUGGAGUUUUCAGGAAAAAGUUAUGUGAAAUUGAAUAAGCUCCUUUCUUUACAAAAAGUUAAAGACUCAAAUCGUGAACAAAGUCAUUCAGUCUCUCUUCAAGGAGACAUGUUGCAGGAUCAAGAAUUAAACAUAAGAAGAGGAAUUGGAGGGACAAGAUUCAUUGGAAGACAAGGGCAAUGGAAGCCUGCAUUACAAAGUAUAUCAGAGGUUGGACGUUAAAUGUGAUAACAUUGAAGUUGCAAAUGAAGUCUUCUCAAAGUAAUAUAAAUUUAAGAUUUUAUGUCAAUUGUAUGAUGAAAUCAAUGUAUAUGUUUUCUAUGAAUAUAAUUACUUUUAUUCUAA